AUCUGUGCUGUGUAGGAGACGCAGGGACUGGCACAUUCUCAGUGCACACAUAGGGGAGGAGGGGGCGCUUCCUGUGUCCCGGGCAGGAGUGGAGCCUGCACAACAUGCCCAUUUCGCUGCACUCUCGGCUGCUUUGUGUCCUGAGCACACGGGAGGUGUCCGGGUCCCCCCAGGACUGACUUCGCUGUGGGGGCAGAAAGUUGCGGUGCUGCGGGCGCCCCUCUCCCCCGACAAUGGUGCACACAAAUUCCUGGGCUGUGUGCAGCCUGUGAAAUGCAGACUGCAGGAGGGAUGUGAAGGGGACACAUUACAGACCAGAAUGCGCUCGUACUCUCCUAUCAAACCAAGCCCCUUUUAACCAAAACCUGGCUGGCUGUUGUGAUUUUGUUUUUCUCCCACGUAAAAUCAACACACACAAGACGGAAAAGGAUAAUUUAUACAAAUCCAGAUUUCGGAGAUGUGCGAGGCUGGAAUACAACACGGGCAUGUCACCAGCGUGCAUCGCAAAAAGGACAUACAUUUUUGUAGCAGAGCAAUGUGGAAUGGCUUCAUCUGAAAGCUGCGGGUGACCUGAAGCCCACCAGGGUUAAAUAGUUGUCAGAGAAACUUUGCGUAAACUUUUUUUUUUUUUUUUUUUCCACAUUUUAAUUUUUUUUUAUUUUAUUUCCUCCUGUGAUUUUUAUCUUUCGGAUUGAAACCCAGUGGAAACUAUUUGCCGCAACAAUUGAAAAGAUGAUUUUGUGGGAUUUUUGUCACCGUCCUUCUGAAGGUCCGUUGGAAUGAAAGAUGUCUAAGGACGUCAGAUUCUUUUAUUUCCUUUUUGGAUGGAUUUUAAUUUAUUUUUUAGAAUAACUUUUUCCCUUUUUUUUUUUUUUUUUUUUUUUUUUCAUCUAUAGUCUUUAUUUUAUUUUUUUCUCAUUCUGGGGGAUAAAAAGCUGGAACGGCCCGCUGGCUUUGUGCCUUGUCAACGAUGGCUGAGAGAGAUGCAGAAAGGAAAGUUCGUAUAUAUAGAAGUGUGUCUUUUAAAAAACUGGGAAACUGGAAUGCAAAAGCUUUUAGCGAAGAGGGAGGCACGGAACUGGCCGGGAAAGGAGAUGUCACCCAGCCCACAUGUCAGAAAGCACAUCGCCCCCCUGCCAGAUCCCUCAGCUUAACUAGGAAGGUGUCCAAAAUAUCUGCAGCCAGCAGCAAUCAGAAUGUGCCUUCAGUCCGCCAGCUCUCCCAGCACUUUUCUCCCCUCUCCAGGGAGGACGAUCCACUGAGUGAUGAUGAAAACUUUAGACGGGUGGAUCGUCUGAAAAGGGGGUGCCAAGCUGGCUCUCCAGAUGACAGUGCCCCCGUAGACCCUCUGUACUGCAGCCAGCUCAAACAAGACACAUUACAUCCAGCUGGGUGUGAUGGCCGGCCCCUGGCACUGCCAGGUAAGUCCCAAGAUUUUGAUAACCUGGGGGAAACUCAGAUCUCAGGGAUCUCACUUGAUGAAGUGAACUCCUAUUGUAAUUUUCUGCAUCAGCCAGAUAACCGAGAACUGUUAGUGGUGGAAGGGGCCAACUGGCCUAGCGUUACUGAAAUGAGGAAACUUUUUGGGGAGAGUAAUAGAAAACCACCCUGUAGGGCCUCUUCUUUACCAGACUGUGAUGAUCACAGACUCUCCUGUCCACCAGUGUCUCAUUUAAGAGAGAGGACGGUGACGGAGCCACAGAGGUACAGCCCGGUGGAAGCUGCAACUACUAAAAGCUUUAACCAUUUCACCAAAGACCAUGCCUCUGGCCCGUCGCCCUUACCCAAAAACCCAUCUUCAAGGAUGGAAGUGAACUAUGGCAGAACACUAACAGAAAGCAAAACAGACCAACAUAAUGUGUGUAUGGAUACAAGAGAGCACAGGAUUAUAAACACGGGUUCCAAACCCCAGCCUCCCCCCCCUCCUCCAAGAAGCUGUAUCCCGUUUGGACUAAAAGCGCACACACUUUCAUCUGGUCUACCUAAACAAGAGGCAAGACAGCAAUCAGAUAGUUUACAUUCCUGGCAUAAUUCAGGCAAACCACAGACAGCCCCUUCCAAUGUCAGACUCAAAGACAGCUCCAGCGAGGAUGAGCUGCUUAGGAACACCUUGCUGCUACCUACACAGGUCAACAAGAACGGUUCUAAGGUCAGGUCCCAGGAAAUAUCUUCAGGGAGUGAAGAUGAGAAUGACCUUGAAGUCCUCAGGGAAAGCCUCAGAAGGCGCUCUGUUAGAAAGAAAAAAAGAGACGCUUCAGACUGCGAUGACAAAGAGUCUGACGAUGGUGACGAUCACUUCGUGGUCAGUGCAUCACGUGACGCAGGUCAUAGUCCCAGUUUACGGGAGUUACCAGGGCAAAAACACAAGGCGCAUCCUACUCUGACACAUAGCAUUCCCACUACCGCAGGCCGAUCAGAUGUGUGCACUGCAGAAAUAGCCGCAGGUGUCACAGCUAAUGCUCCUCAUGAAGCCCCCAAACAGCAUUUUAGGAACCUGCCUGAAGCAGGGACUCCACCAAACCCUGGUCUGUUGACCCCUGUAUCUCCUCUCCCCAUUGUAUCUAGAGUUGCUAAAGUUAACAUUCCACCCUUUUUGCCAAGCCCAUGUGGUUCUAGAAGCAGCAGUAGAUAUUCAAGCACUGAAACCCUUAAAGAUGAUGACCACUUGAGUCCCUAUUACUCCGGGCAGUCACGUAGUCUGCAGGCAGGUGUGAACGUUAAUCGAUCACCAAGUGUAGGACAACAUGACAGGCAACUAGUCCGCCCUAGGUCAAAAAUGCCUUCUAGUGUUGUGAAACUGAAAAAUGAGAGUGUUAACGACAGUGCUCAUUGCGACCUUGGACAUGAUUGUGCCAGACAGCAGAAGUCCAUGUCCAACCCAGAUAUAGCCUCGGACACCCUUGGGCUCCUUAACUUUUUGAAAUCUGACUUUUCAGACUUGAAACUGAGAAAUAGAGGGCGAGGAACCAGCGACAUGGACGGAGCCUGCUCCAGGCAUGAGGAAAAUCAAGGCACUACCGCACAGCAGAAUCUGAUUGUCAAAGGAAAAUCCGCCGGACAGAAUAGAUUGCAACAAGGCAUUCGCCCAACAUUAAAAGACCUCACAGCGACCUUGCGCAGAACAAAAUCCUUUACAUAUUCGGACAAAUUGGGGUACAGACAGUCAAUCUCUCAUAGCUCCAUGAAGCAGAGUUCAUCAGAAGUGAUGCUUGCCAGUACGGCAGAUAGUGAUGGCCUGCUCUCACACACUGAGGCCAUAGAUGUUGUACAAAAGAAAGAUGAAGGUGGACCAGACACAACGACAGACCAGUACAUCCAGGAAGCCAGGCAGGUGUUUGAGAAAAUAAAGCAGAUCGGAUCUCAGGAGGACUAUAGUUUUGAUCGGGAGGUCACAGAGCAUCUACAAAGUGGAAAAACGCCUGGCGUUCCGCUGACUUAUCUCGGCGACAACAGUGAUCAGACCUGUCCAAAAAGAUUUAUAACAGAUGAAGUUGUGUCACAUAGGAAAUCCUUAGACUUGGACUUACCUGGGCACGAGUCUAGCAUGACCGAUGAAGGGAUCGUUACUGAAGUAGACCCUGCUCCUUGUGCUUUGUACCGAGAUCUCGGACAAACACUUACAGUCUGGAAGUCUGCAGGAGCUUCCCAAGAAGAAAGUGACUAUUCGCAAUUACAUAAUGCAGACUUCCAGAUUGUUUCAGCUACUGAUGGUUUUGAUACUGCUGGAUGCUCAGAAGUUGCUAUGAAUAAAGCCAACUCCCAAGGACCUUUGGAUGCUCCACCUACACCAGGAACAAUCAGACGGAGAAGGAAAUUCCCCUCGCUUGGUAAUGGUGGGACAGACUCUAGUAGUGGGAGCAAUGGCGAAUGUGGGAGUGAAAACUAUCGCUCCCUCAGCGACCCAAUGCCCCAUCGCCGGUAUUCAAUCACUGAAGAUCCCCAGAGCUUCUCUGUAGACAGCAACCUUCUAGGAUCAUUGAACUCGAAGUCUGGUAUCUCGGAUUCUUCAGCCAUUGCUUUGUCCGAAUGUACCGGCAGUGCUGCUAGUGUGCUCUCUUUCAGUAGUGACGGGAUUAAAGAUUACAACACCGUCAUCCAAAAUAUAGUCAGUCAACCCGGAGCUCUUGAUAAAGUGAUUGAUGAAAAGGGCAACGGCAAGACCAUUAAGAAGAAGUCAUUCAGUGACCCAAGUCGGCGUGGAGAAUUGCCCCCUGCUGGGCUAGAAGACUCCAGCGAGCCUGCAAAGGAGUUGGAGCAGUCCAUCCUAGCUUCCAGCAGUGAACCUAUUUUGUCAGAGCAAAGAGAUGGGUUGGAGGAACUGGCGGAAUUGGAAGAGGAAGUGGAAAAGUUGCACUCUCAGGCGGAGUACCUGUUACCCGCUGAGGGCGAAGAAAAUGGGGUGGAGGGGAACCAGAACCUAAGCUUUGACCCAAACCUUGUAAACGUGUUAUCUCCUAGGAUGGUUAGACGCAGUUUCAAAAAACGUUCUAAUAGAGCUGGUAGUCAUGAUGGCAACAAGGAAUGUGAAGACCCAACGGAGGCACUUGAGAAACCGAGACAGUCCAACAAGCAUGUGCGACACACAAGCGAGCCAGCAACAUUUAUUCCCAUCUCCCCUCCUGAGUUCAAGGUGCUCGGUCAUGCAUGUGCUCGGCUAACCAAACCGGAAUCUACCAGGCACCCAAUAAAGCAAUAUCCAGUCUUGAUAACCCCCUUAUUAGAGGAUGCGUCCAAACAGACUUCAACUGGCGACUCUAAUCCCUUCGCCACCAUGGAUAUGCCUAGGACAGCACCAAGCACUCCAACCACAGCAGAGCCAAAGUUACUGAAGGCUCCUAAGCCCCUCGAGGAGUCCAGCAAUAGAAGCAAACCCCAUGUGGACAUGAGGAAACAUGUCUUCCUGACUCUCCUGGACACCGAGCAAUCCUACGUGGAGUCGCUGCGCACUCUAAUGGAGGGUUACAUGAAGCCUCUGAAGCAUCCAGAGAACUCCGUCCUGUGCGACCCAUCGCUGGUGGAUGAAAUCUUUGACCAGAUACCGGAGCUGCUAGAACAUCACGAGCAGUUCCUGGAGCAGGUUCAUUACUGUGUGCAGAACUGGCUGGAGAUCCAGACCGUGGGGGACAUCCUGGUGGAGUCAUUCUCCAAGGAAAUCCUGGUGACCAUCUACUCCGCUUACAUUGAUAACUUUCUCAACGCCAAGGACGCGGUGCGUGUGGCCAAGGAGGCCAGGCCGGCAUUUAUGAAGUUCCUAGAGCAAUGCACAAGAGAGAACAAGGAAAAACAGGGCCUGGCCGACCUCAUGAUCAAACCCGUCCAGAGGAUCCCACGUUACGAGCUGAUUGUCAAGGAUCUGCUGAAACACACCCCCGAGGAGCACCCGGACCACCUGUGCCUAUUAGAUGCCCAGAGGAACAUCAAGCAGCUGGCAGAGAGGAUCAACAAGGGGGUGAGAAGCGCGGAGGAGGCGGAGAGGGACACGCGGAUCCUGCAGGAGAUAGAAGCCCACAUCGAGGGCAUGGAGGAUCUGCAAGUUCCCUUCCGGAGAUUUGUGCGGCAGGAGAUGGUGGUGGAAGUGAAAGCUGUCGGGGGGAAGAAGGAUCGCUCGCUCUUCCUCUUCACGGAUCUCCUCAUCUACACCACCUUGAAAAGAAAGUCCGGUUCCCUGCGCCGCAACUCCAUAAACCUGUACACGGCAGCCAGUGUCAUCGACAUUGCUAGCAAGUACAAACUGCUCUGGAAGCUGCCCCUGGAAGAUGUGGAUAUUGUCAAAGGAACCUCACAAGCCUCGAACAGGGACAGCAUUCAGAAGACCAUAAGCCGCCUGGACGAGGACCUCAGCACUAUGGGGCAAAUCAGCAAACUCUCUGAGACCCUCAGCUUCCCGCACCAGAGUCUGGACGACGUCCUAAAGGACAUGAUGGCUUCUGUGCACCGCGAGCUGGCCGAGAAACAGUCCCUGUCCUUCACCAUGUCCUUCCCACCCAACAAGGUGGAACUCACCACCACCAAGGCCGACGGCACCGAAUCCUUCAUCUUCGAGUUCAGCAACCCGGACGCCCGUCAUCAUUUUGAGCAAGCCUUCGAGGACGCCAAGAAGAAGCUGGCUACCAGCAAAAACCGCCUGGACCCGGAGUUUCUCAAAGCCAUCCCCAUCAUGAAGACCCGCAGUGGGAUGCAGUUCUCCUGCGCUUCCCCCAGUCACAGCAGCUCGGACAAUGUGCAUGAAGUCUGGGUGUGCAACAGCGACGGCUACGUGGGACAGGUCUGCCUGCUGAGCAUCCGGAACGAGCCCACGGUAGAAGCGUGUAUUGCGGUGUGUUCUGCCCGAAUCCUGUGCAUCGCUUCCGUGCCUGGGCUGAAGAGGAACUUCAGGGAGAGACCGGCUGCCGUGGUGAAUCGGUCCUCGGAGCAGCUUCCUCAGCAUCUAGAUGAGCCGGCAUCUCAGCAGUGCCUCCACAUCUCCAUCUCUGGCUCCUCACUGGAGCUCUCAGAACACACCGAUAGCGCCAGCCGGGACCUUGUCCCAUUCGACAGUGAUGACACAGAUGAUGAGUCCUCUCCCAGCCCCUCCGGGACCCUCCAAAGUCAGGCCAGCCGCUCCACCAUCUCGUCCAGCUUUGGAAACGAAGAAAUGCCGAGUGCUAAGGACACCACAGCCGAGACCACCAGCUCAGAGGAGGAGCAAGAUCCCGGCUUCCUGCCCAUCCCCACCAACUUCAACCAGAAUCGGGACAGCGAAAGCCCCACCGAGGCGCAGGCAGUGAGGAGAUCCAGCCGGGGGUCCUUCACACGUGGCAGCUUGGAGGACAUGCUGAGUAUUGACCCAGAGGCCUACCAGAGCUCUAUGUGGCUUGGGACCGAGGACGGCUGCAUCCACGUCUAUCAGUCGUCGGACAACAUCCGGAAUCGGAAGAACAGCAUGAAGAUGCAGCACGCGGCGGCGGUCAUGUGUAUUCUGUACCUGGAUAACCAGGUGUUUGUGUCACUGGCCAAUGGAGAUCUCAUCGUUUACCAGAGGGAGGCAGGAAGUUUUUGGGACCCUCAGAACUCUAAAACUCUUUCCAUUGGAUCUCCCGGGAGCCCGGUAACUAAAAUGGUGUCGCUCUCCGGCAAGCUAUGGUGCGGCUGUCAGAACAGGGUCAUCAUACUGAACACCUCCUCGCUGCUCCAGGAGCACACAUUCCACAUCGGGCAGGACCAGAACCGCUGCGUCACCUGCUUGGUCAGCUCCAACCUGGGGAUGUGGAUUGCUCUGCAAGGCAGCGCUCAGGUCCGGCUCUAUCACACCACUACGUUUGAGCAGCUGGCGGAGGUGGAUAUUGCGCCACCCGUGCACAAGAUGCUAGCAGGCUCUGACGCCAUCAUCCGUCAGCACAAGUCCGCCUGUCUACGGAUCACUGCCUUGCUGUCCUGUAAAGAUCUCCUGUGGAUCGGAACCAGCGCUGGUGUGGUCCUCACUCUCUCCAUCACCGCCAGCAGCACCUCCCUAAAGGGCCCGAUCAGCCCAGUGGGCCUGUCGCAGGGGCAUACCGGCCACGUCCGUUUCCUCACCUCUGUGGAGCUGCCGGAUGGGUUUGAUGUGCACUUCCCUCUGCCGGGAGACCAGGCAGUCACUGAACAACCGUCCGAAGCGGAAAAGAGAGAUUCUACCAGACACCGACCUAAAUCCAAACUUCUGGUCAUCAGUGGUGGAGAUGGGUACGAGGACUUCCGGCUCACCAACAGCAGUGAGACGGUGGGCAGAGACGACAGCACCAACCAUCUCCUCCUAUGGCGAGUCUGAGGAUGCCACCCCGCAAUACACUGACCUACUUUCAUUUCGCUGCUGCCCGUAACAUUGUUUCAGAUCAUCUGUUGACAUCUUAUGUGCUAACACUUCCAUCGCUCAUCCGACAUCUCCGUGAUGCAGGUUCGGGAGCCAACUAGAGAGGUGUAUUCUGUGCCUGAGAAGCCUUCUGUCCAAAGAGUCGAAGUAUUGGAAGAACUGACGUCUGUACAGUGUACAAAGGAUGGACAUAGUAGGGUGGUAUGUUUGCCAUAGUCCUUACAAAGAUGGUGGCACAUACGUUUGGGUACUGUCGUAUGCCUACAGCCAAACCCUUAAGAUAACUAGAACUUACUGGACCUGUAGUUGUCUAUAUUGGAUUAUAAAUUGGCCUACCACUGGCUCUCUUGUUUUCUGUGUCUACAAAGGUAUUAACCACUGGUGAGUGAGCGGUGACCCAAGAAACGCGUUGGUACUUAACUGCUGUUUGUUGCUUCUUUGGUGUUCUGUGCACAUUUCAUCCAAGCACCACAACAGCAAGACCCUCAGGACGUCAUCCACAGUCCGAGUCACCUAUCUAAUAAACUCCACGUUCUAAGGGUCCGACUGCUCGCUCCAAUUCUGUGGCUUAAAAGAAACUCCGUUCAAGUGUUGCCGGCACAGUCGGCCAUUAUUACUAUUUUUCUUUUUUUUUAAAGAUGUUCUUAUUUAUUGUCAAGUGAAAACUUGUGUUCUGAAGUUUUUAAUUUCUUUUUUUUUUAUUGUGGUAAAAUGCAUCACAUGGGUCCCCGAUCUCUCUUGAUUUGGGGUGAUUGAGACACAAAUGGGGGUUUUAAUUGAGAUGAUGAAUGAGACCAGUAAUUCAGAGUACAUUUUUAUAACUUCUGUGCUUACAGAGACAAAGUCCUAUCAUGAGUGAUAUUUGACAUCAGUCACUGGCCUUUGGCUGGCAGGCAUGAUGGGACUUGUAGUGCCAGUAGUUGCUUACAAUUGUUCUGUGUAUUGGAUGGACCUGUAUAAAUGUAACAAAAUUAUCUGUGCACUAAUGAGAUACUCUGUACUGAUUCCAGACACAUUCUCCUGGUAAGUGCGAAACGCGUGGCGCUGAUGGGAGUUACUAACUAUUAUCUGUUUAAGCUUUAAUUUGCGUUAAUUUCAGUUUAUUGGUUCCAAAUGAACCACGGUUAUAUGACGUUCAAGAUGGCUGCAGUGUGAGGACAUCACCAACUGACACAGCCAAAGUACUGUAAUGGACGUGUAACAGCGCAGUCUAAAUGAAAGGGCAACGCACAGCAAGAUUUGUGGACUUGACACAAAAAUAGUAAUAAAAAGCUGUCCUGGGUCACCUCUUGCUACCUGGGAGGAGCUACAUGGUUGUCCAGAUUCCUAGAAGGGUGAGCAGUGGACUUUCAGUCGUGGGGACUGGGCAGAACAGGUGGUAUGUAGUGAAUGCAUCACCUGAUUGGUCAGAAGCCAUCGCCAGCCAAUCAGGUGUCUCACUCAUUUCAUGCCCAUUGUCAAGAUCCAACCUUGGAACAUUUCGCAUGGCUGCCUGGAAUGAUCCAUUUCCCAAUUGAAUGCAGCGUUUCUGCGCACUUUUACUCCAGAGCCUCCGCUGUGCCUGGUGGUCCUCAGAACAGGAGAUCAGAUGCUUAUAGUGGCUCUGUCUGUCCUUUACAUCCAUACGCAGAAGAGUCACAAUUGGUGUCCUGUUCACCAAGCCUUUAUUUGGGGAUUUUAGGGAUUGCUGUCGUCGUUUGUCAUUUUGUAACGAUUGGUUAAUUGCUCCCUUAUAAUAUGCCUCAAUCAAUCGCCUCUUUUGCCUUAAAGUUGUUUGUUUUGUUUUUUGCAUACUCAUCACUGUCCUGAAUGUAACGUCUUUUACAUUUUAGGAGGGGGUUUUAACAUUUUGAAUGUUUUUAAACUAUGUCACACUAUAGAAUGUUAAUGCUCUCAUUCAUUUUGGGAUACCUGGAAGGAGGACUGGGCAGCACCCAAAGUCGGCUGUCAUUUCGGCUUCAUCAGGAGUGAAAGUGAUGUACUGCAUUGGUCACUGAUUCGCUAAUGCCUUAAAAGGGGGAGGGGGGUUGGUCCCAAUAUUUGUCAUCCGACUUUGUGCUCUGUCUUACCACUGCCCUCCUGUCCUGCUGUAUUGUCACGAUGCAGCAAGUUAUAUUGAUGUGAGAAUAGUUAUGCGAAUGGACGGCGGGGAUCCGCUCAGCAGACAGAGCUGGAUGGUCUUGCAAGCUUUACGUAUUUUAUUCACAUUCACUGUACUUUGUAGAGGGCAUACUACUUGACGGCUGAAUGUAAUCCCCUUUACUGCAGGCUGUCCAGAAAUCUUAGGUGGGUCGGGUGACUGAGAGCUAUUUGCAAGACAGCAAGCAAUCGGAAUUUAGGCUGGUGCAAGUAUCGAUGGUGCACCAAUAAUGGCAUGUUCAUAGCCACAAGCGGAGUUGCACUGGCCACGGGCAAUAAAAGUUGGCACUCAGGGCUUGCACAGUCUGGCUCAGGCUAGUUCAUAAGGGGAAGGCAAUCUAGCAUUUGCAUAUUAGCGAUGCCUGGGCUCAGCAAAAUGUCGCAGCCACACGUACAUUAGCUCCCAUCUCUACAUCAGGCCCAGAAUCUGUUUCCAGAGCACUAAUUCCCAGCAAACGUGUCCAGAUGAGAUGUUCUCAAUGGUGUCUGCCAUAUUUGUACAGCAGGCUCACCAAAGAGAUUGGUCUUAUAUUUUCCUAAUCUUUCAAUGUCGGUCCAUGUCCCAGUAUAGGACCACGGCUUUACGUGUCUAUGUCCAAAUGACUGUAGUUGGUUUACAGCCUUAAUAUGUCUUGGCAAAAUGCAAUUGUGAUUAUGUUGCUGCUUGGAUAGCGCAAAUAUUCCCCUUACAUUACCCGAAUCUCCCUGGGGCAUAAUAUUAUCUGCAAGAGACUAUAACAGUGAUGGCAUGUGUACGGUAUAUAUUCCGUGUAUGCAGAUGUAAGCUAUUCCAGGUUUUACCACAAGAUGGAGACAGAGAGUAGUAAAAAGUGAGCGGAUAAAUGAUGGGGACUUGGGAAAGGAGAGUGGUAGAUGAUAGCUGAUGGGGGAUAAAAGUAGGUAAGGAAAUGGGGUAGUAAGGAGGAACGGCUGUGGGAAAGUUAGGUUAGGUGGACGGAAGAGGGAGAAUCAUGUGAAGAUCCGGGCCCAUUUACUAACCUCGUAUUCAGGUGCAACUGAGCCAGCCACGGCAACUCAUCAGCAGUCACCCGUCUAUGGACAACGACCGUGACUGGAAAUGUUGCAUUUAAUUGCAUAUGUUAAUAAGUGAGCCCUACAGAAAAUUGGGAUUAACCAAGUUGCCUCUAUGUGGUGACCCAUAGGUGAAGUAGCUGUAUGUUAAACAUUCCAUCAUGGAUCACUUAUAAUAAGACACAAGUGGGUGGGGUCUAUUUCUUGUGGACAUAGAGGUGAUCUGACGGGCACAAAAGGUUAUUACUCAUGUGAAAACCAGAUAUGAAAAGGACGAUACGCACCGGAUACAGGGAUUAAAAUAGUGGAACUGGGCAUUUCAAUAGGGACUGUGCCGCUGAAUCAGGGUGCCGGGGGUAUGGUUGCGGGCAGCUCUUUCGCAAGUGAAGUAUAAAUCUGUAUUUUUGAAAGUAGUUUUUUAGCAGAAUAAUUCCUGAGAGAAAAUGACAGCAAAAGAUGAAUCGGUGGUCUGCAGGAAUAUGUUCUUUUACUGCCUUACUAAGUUUUACUGUGGACUUUAUUCAUUUUUAUUUCUUUUCUUCUUCUUUUUUUUAAUUAUAAAAAAAAAAAGCUGUUUCUAGGGACCAUUCUUUCGGGAUAAGGGCGUAACAUGGGGUGAAGUAAUAUAAAUGUAACUACUUUCCAAAAAGAAUUUCUUAUUUUUGCUCAUUUCUAUUCUAACACCACAUUUAGCAAUAUAUAUACAUCACUGAUAUUGGGAAGGUUUUACUUCACAAACAGCUCCGCAGCUUACGUGGACUAUAAAUGCCAACAUACCGUGUAUGGCUAGCUGGUCAGGUGUGCUGAGACUUGUAGUUCCCCAGGAUCUGCCACACCACAGAUUGCCUAUCCUCUGAUCUAGAUCUGUGUAUUCAGUGACCGGUUAGAGGCUGCUUGCCCCUGGGUACGAUACGACGCCACUACCCUGUCAGCCACACGUUUUGCUUCAAGAAAUGUAUUUAUUUUAACUAAAUAAAAGUAGGAAAACGAGAAGUAUUCCUUGUCUCAGGGGCCUGCGGCACUAUGCGGGCCCCAGGAGUGACUACACAAAAACACUUCGCUGUACCCCAUUACUAUAAAACCACUGAUUUUCCAAGCCACUGGUCAGCGUACUUCUGGGCAUUUUACCACAAAACUGCAGUCGCAUUUCUCGCGGUCCUGUCUGAGCGCCGGGCAACGACUCGGCAACACCAAACGGUCUAUGAACUCCCUCCAGUACUGAGGACAAUGGCGCUCCCUACUAAUCCCUGCCAGUGCUGCUGUGUAUUGCACUGUAAUUAUCUCCCUCCAGCACUUAAGGGGUUAUAGAAGAAAAAAACACUAUUGUUAUUCCAUUUUGUGUGUGCUUGUGUGUGUAUGUGUGCGCGCGUGUGCGUGUGUGUGGGGCGGGGGAGUAAAAUAUGAAAUAUCCCUUGUGUGUUGUAAAUAGGAACAUACAGUAUAUUGCCUUUUCUGUACAUAGUGUUCUCAGCGUUUGAUCGUCCAAAAUAAAUUUGAUGGCAUAUUUUUAUAUAUAACUUGUCAGAAGUCCCUGCCCUCACGUGGUAGUUGUAAGGAACCACGCCAGCACCUUUGACGGACGGCUAAUGUCCUCUCGGUGUAUUGUGUGAAUCGCUAUAACUGCCAAUUACUACUCCUGUAAUGUCCUAUUUUGUCACUGUGGAUUCUUUGUAAAUAAAGUUCACCAGUGUUGAAUCCUG